GUUUGGGUGUUAAUUGCUCUUUAAAGCAAUAAUAUUACUGUUAAAUGUGUGAAUAGAAAGUUACAGCAUUCAGUAAUUCACUGUGUUUCUGUUUUUCCUACAGGUGUUAAAAUAAUGGCGCUGGUUAAAGAAGAAGCUCAUGAAGAACAGAGUGCUGGUGAGGACCAGCAGGAACCAGAACACCUUCACAUAAAGGAGGAACAGGACGACCUCUGGACCAGUCUGGAGAGAGAGCAGCUACAUUUGAAGGAGACUGAUGCUGCCAGAUUUCUAUUCACUGCUGGUUCUAUAAAGAGUGAGGAUGAUGAAGAAAAACCUCUCGUCUCACAGCUUCAUCAGCAGCAAACAGAAGACCGAGAUGUUCCAGCGAGCAGCUCAGCUGACCAUGUGACAGCAGAAAUGACAAGUCAUUUAGCAACAAGGUCUUCAGGCUGUUGUGUUAGUAAGGAAUGUGUUAUAGUGAAGCAACAUGCAGACUCGUGUAGGGAAGUCCAGAAAAAGACUAAAACGUUUAGUUGUGAUCACUGUGGAAAAGAAUUUAUGGUUAAAUCAAAAUUAAACAGUCACAUGAGAGUCCACACAGGACAGAAGCCUUUUGCCUGUGAUCACUGUGGAAAAGAAUUUAUGGUUAAAUCAAGUUUAAACAGUCACAUGAGAGUCCACACAGGACAGAAGCCUUUUGCCUGUGAGCUGUGUGGACAAAGAUUUAACCGACGAACAAAUUUAAACAGACACAUAAGAAUCCACACAGGACAAAAGCCUUUUGUCUGUGAGCUCUGUGGAAAAAGAUUUAGACAUGAGACAAGUUUAAAAGGUCACAUGAGUGUUCACACAGGACAGAAGCCAUUUGCCUGUGGGCUGUGUGGACAAAAAUUUAGUCAUAAGACACAUAUAAAAGAUCACAUUAGAACCCACACAGGAGAGAAACCUUUUGCCUGUGACCUGUGUGGACAAAAAUUUAGUCGUAAGACAAGUUUAAAAGAUCACAUUAGAAUCCACACAGGAGAGAAACCUUUUGCCUGUGAGCUCUGUGGUCAAAGAUUUUGUUAUAAGGCAAGUUUAAACAGUCAUCAUAUGAGAGUCCACACAGGACAGAAGCCUUUUGUCUGUGAGCUGUGUGGCCAAAGAUUUAGUCAUAAGAAUAAUUUAAACAUUCACAUGACAAUCCACACAGGACUGAAACCUUUUGCCUGUGAGCUCUGUGGACAAAGAUUUAACCAAAAGACAACUUUAAACAGUCACAUGAGAAUCCACACAGGACAGAAACCUUUUGCCUGUGAGCUCUGUGGUCAAAGAUUUCGUUAUAAGGCAAGUUUAAACAGUCAUAUGAGUGUCCACACAGGACAGAAGCCUUUUGCCUGUGAGCUGUGUGGAAAAGGAUUUAAUCGAAAGACCGAUUUAAACAGACACACGAGAGUCCACACAGGACAGAAGCCUUUUAUAUGUGAGCUCUGUGGACAGGGAUUUAGUAAAAAGAUAAGUUUAAACAAUCACACGAGUGUCCACCCUGGACAGAAGCCUUUUGGUUGUGUAACUUGAUGUAAGUGGUUACUUUAAAUAAAUGAUCAAUAAGAUGUGAUAUUCCAUUUAAAUAUGAAAUAUCAAUAUUAUUGAUCUUUUGAAAUUUUAUCCAAAAUAAAACCAGGUCAUUUUAGUAGUUCAGGGAAAAUCACACCUUCGUAAUAUUUUGAGACUGAGCGAAAAAUAGUUUCUAAAAACAAAUUUAAUACAACAUUUCUACUACUGUGUGGGCGACGGUGGCACAGGAGUAAAGUGCUCGCUCCGUAAUCAAAAGGUUGCAGGUUCAAGCCCCUGCUCAGUCUGUCACUGUCGUUGUGUCCUUGUGCAAGACACUUAACUCACCUUGCCUGCUGGUGGUGGUCGGAGGGACCGGUGGCGCCAGUGCUCGGCAGCCUCGCCUCUGUCAGUGUGCCCCAGGGCAGCUGUGGCUACACCGUAGCUCAUCCCCGCCAGCUUGUGAAUGUGUGUGUGAAUGGGUGAAUGACUGAUUGUGUUGUAAAGCGCCUUGGGGGGUUUCUAGGACUCUAGAAGGCGCUAUAUCAAAUACAGGCCAUUUACCAUUUACUAAUGAUGACACGGAACAAAUGAUGAUAAAUUAUGGUUGAAACAAGAUAACUGGGACAAUGAAUGAAAUGAUGGAAUGUGUACUUAGAUGUUAUGUAGCAAAACCAAGUGUCUUAGAAAAUUGUGAUGUCUGGGUUGUAAAAUACGUCUGAAUGUAUGGUUUAACAAUCUCUAUUAAAACACCAUCCCACGCCAGUUGUGCAGAA